AUGCUACGCAAGAUGGAGGGCUUCUUGUUCUUACUUCUCUUUGGCUAUGAAGCCACACUGGGAUUAUCGUCUACUGAGGAUGAGGGCGAGGACCCGUGGUACCACAAAGCGUGCAAGUGCGACUGCCAAGGAGGAGCCAAUGCCCUGUGGAAUGCAGGUGCCACCUCCUUAGACUGCAUACCAGAAUGCCCGUAUCAUAAGCCCCUGGGUUUCGAGUCAGGGGAAGUGACAGCAGACCAGAUCACCUGCUCCAAUCCGGAGCAGUACGUAGGCUGGUAUUCCUCCUGGACCGCAAACAAGGCCCGGCUCAAUAGUCAAGGCUUUGGGUGCGCUUGGCUCUCCAAGUUCCAGGACAGCAGCCAGUGGUUACAGAUAGAUCUGAAGGAGAUCAAGGUGAUUUCGGGCAUCCUCACCCAGGGACGCUGUGACAUCGAUGAGUGGAUGACUAAGUACAGUGUGCAGUACAGGACCGAUGAGCGCCUGAACUGGAUUUACUACAAGGACCAGACCGGAAACAACCGGGUCUUCUAUGGAAACUCGGACCGAAGCUCCACAGUCCAGAACCUGCUGCGGCCACCCAUCAUCUCCCGCUUCGUCCGGCUGAUCCCACUGGGCUGGCACGUCCGCAUUGCCAUCCGGAUGGAGCUGCUGGAGUGUGUCAGCAAGUGUGCCUGA